AUGGCGACGCACUCCGUCCACCGGAAAUCCUCCGGUGACCGUCCGAAUCGCGCCCAAGGAAACCGACAUCCUCCUCCUUUGAGCCCUGGGGAUCUCAUCAGCGCCUUGCCGGACGCCGUGAUCCACCACAUCUUCUCGUUUCUGCCCCUCAAAGACGUCGUCAAGACUAGCGUCCUCUCCAAGCGCUGGCGGUGCACUUGGACGUCCACCACCCACCUCGCAUUCAAUGGAGUCCGGCCUCGCAAUCACGACGCCUCCUCCUUCGACUUCCCGUCCGUCGUCGACAGCGUCCUGAGGCAGUGCACCUCGCCCACGGUGAAGAAAUUCCACGUCACCGACUUACAGUACCAUGAGGCCGACCGCCCCAAGGUUGACCGCUGGCUCCACUUUGCGGCGGGGCGCCGGGUCGAGGAUCUCUACCUGUCUCUCAUCACCAAGAUGUGGUCUAUGUAUAUACUGCCACCGUCCUUGUAUUGCUGGAGCUGGUUGGUGCGCCUCGAAGUCAGUUUGUGCAGUUUCUCGUUGGACCUGACUAUCAGCUGGCCUUGUCUUAAGGUCUUGUCGAUGGAAUAUGCGGAGUUGAGUGAUGAUUUCCUGGGGCGAAUCUUGAAGGGAAGUCCUGUUUUAGAGUCCCUUGAGUUGCGGCAGUGUUGGCGCAUGACAAACAUUAUAAUAGAUUCAACAAGUGUGAAAGACUUGCUACUCAUUGGUGCCAAUAACUGUCACCUGGAGAAAAUUUGGGCCCCGCAUUUACUAUCAUUGCAUGUAUCAGGGAUGUGGCAUCACCGUAUAUUCAGACUUGAUGAUAUAUCUUCUUUGGUUAAAGCCGACUUAGUUUUUUCCAUUCGAACUUUUUCAUUGAGAGACAAGGGGAUGUGCUAUGACUUGUGUUUGGCAAUGUUUGUUGCCCGGGCCAAGUGA